ACAUUAAAUUUUCAAAGGAAAUGCUCUUACACUCGUAUACCUAUACUAUAACAGUGUUCUUGUUUCCAUUUUUAAAGAGGUGAUCACUCGUUGCAAUUACGAGAGCAGAGCAAUCACAGGUUUGCAUUAGAGAAUUUUGUAGAGGAUCUAUUCUCAUUUUUUGUAGAAAAGGCAGAUCUUCAUUGUCUCCAGCAGAUCCAAAUAUACAGACCAGUGUGAAUGCAAAAUGUUGACCAAAUUUGAAACCAAGAGCAAUAGGGUAAAGGGGCUAAGCUUUCAUCCCAAAAGGCCAUGGAUCCUUGCUAGUCUUCACAGUGGAGUCAUUCAGUUAUGGGACUAUCGGAUGGGAACUCUGAUAGACAGAUUUGAUGAGCAUGAUGGGCCUGUUCGAGGAGUACAUUUUCACAAAUCACAGCCAUUAUUUGUGUCUGGAGGUGAUGAUUACAAGAUAAAGGUCUGGAACUACAAAAUGCGCCGAUGCCUUUUUACACUACUAGGGCACCUUGACUACAUUCGCACAGUUAAUUUCCAUAAUGAGUAUCCUUGGAUUGUUAGUGCAAGUGAUGAUCAGACGAUAAGGAUCUGGAAUUGGCAAUCUCGAGUUUGCAUAUCUGUUCUUACUGGUCACAAUCAUUAUGUGAUGUGUGCCUCUUUUCAUCUCAAGGAGGAUCUGGUUGUUUCUGCGUCAUUGGAUCAAACUAUUCGUGUAUGGGAUAUAAGUUCUUUAAGGAAAAAAACUGUUUCUCCUGCUGAUGAUAUCUUGAAGCUGACUCAGAUGAACACUGAUCUCUUUGGAGGUGGUGAUGCUGUUGUGAAGUAUGUUCUUGAGGGACAUGAUCGUGGUGUAAACUGGGCCUCAUUUCAUCCUAGCUUACCAUUAAUUGUGUCUGGUGCAGAUGAUCGCCAAGUUAAACUUUGGCGGAUGAAUGAUACAAAGGCUUGGGAAGUUGACACCCUAAGAGGACAUAUAAAUAAUGUGUCUUGUGUGUUGUUCCAUGCACGCCAAGACAUUAUUGUUUCAAAUUCUGAAGAUAAAAGUAUCCGAGUGUGGGAUAUGUCAAAGCGUACAAGUGUCCAAACUUUUCGUAGAGAGCAUGAUCGGUUCUGGAUUCUUUCUGCACAUCCAGAAGUGAAUCUUCUAGCAGCUGGGCAUGACAGUGGGAUGAUUGUCUUCAAAUUGGAAAGAGAGAGGCCUGCCUAUGUUGUCUUUGGGGGCUCACUAUUAUAUUUCAAGGAUCGUUAUCUGCGCACUUAUGAUUUUGCAACUCAAAAAGACAAUCCAUUAAUACCAAUUCGCAGACCUGGUUCCAGUGGCCCAAAUCAAGGGCCAAGAUCUCUGUCAUACAGUCCAACAGAGAAUGCUGUUUUAAUAUGUUCAGAUGUUGACGGUGGUGCAUAUGAACUUUAUGUUGUGCCAAGGGAUAGUCUUGGCAGAAGUGAUACAGUACAGGAGGCAAAGAGAGGAACAGGAGGAUCUGCUGUGUUCAUUGCAAGGAAUAGGUUUGCUGUUCUUGACAAGAGCCAUAAUCAGGUUAACAUAAAGAACUUGAAAAAUGAAGUGACAAAGAAGUGCAAUCUUCCAUUUAGUGCAGAUACAAUUUUCUUUGCAGGGACAGGCAACCUGCUUUGUAGAUCAGAAGAUAGUGUAAUUCUUUUUGAUCUGCAACAGAGAACAAACUUAGGGGAAAUUCAUGUACCAAAUGUCAAGUACAUAGUUUGGUCAAAUGAUAUGGAGAAUGUAGCCUUGCUUAGUAAGCAUGCAAUCAUCAUUGCAAGCAAGAAGUUGUCACAUAGAUGUACUUUACAUGAGACUAUACGUGUUAAGAGUGGGGCUUGGGAUGACAAUGGGAUUUUUAUUUACUCAACUUUGAAUCACAUAAAAUAUUGCUUGCCAAAUGGAGAUAGUGGCAUCAUCAGGACGCUUGAUGUUCCAGUGUACAUAACAAAGGUUUCUGGAAGUUCUCUUUAUUGCCUUGAUAGAGAUGGCAAGAACCGAGUUAUACAGAUAGAUACUAGUGAGUGCGUAUUCAAGUUGGCAUUGAUGAAGAAGAAAUAUGAUGAGGUGAUGAGCAUGAUUAGGAAUUCUCAGCUCUGUGGACAGGCCAUCAUAGCUUACCUGCAACAAAAGGGAUUUCCAGAGGUGGCCCUUCACUUUGUUAGAGAUGAGAGAACCCGAUUCAACUUGGCUGUGGAGAGUGGAAACAUUCAAAUAGCUGUUGCUUCUGCAAAAGAGAUUGAUGAGAAGGAACAUUGGCAUAAGCUAGGGGUUGAAGCCCUUCGGCAGGGUAAUGCUGGUAUCGUAGAGUAUGCAUAUCAAAGGACAAAGAAUUUUGAGCGGCUUUCAUUUUUGUAUCUGAUUACUGGUAAUUUAGAUAAGUUGACGAAGAUGUUAAGGAUUGCUGAAAUAAAAAAUGAUGUAAUGGGCCAGUUUCACAAUGCAUUGUAUUUGGGUGACAUUAAAGAGCGCAUCAAGAUUUUGCAGGAAUCUGGUCAUCUACCACUUGCUUAUGUCACUGCAUCUGUUCAUGGUCUUAUGGAUAUUGCUGACACAAUUGCAGCUGAUUUAGGGGGCAAUCUUCCAACUCUACCUUCAGGAAAGAAAUCAUCACUUCUGAUGCCUCCUGUACCCAUCGUGCGUGGUGGUGAUUGGCCUUUGCUUACGGUUACCAAAGGUAUUUUUGAAGGUGGUUUGGAGAACUCUGCUGCAGCUUAUGAAGAAGAGGAUGAAGGAAAUGUUGCUGAUUGGGGUGACGACAUUGCCAUAGAAAAUACUGAAAGGGAAAAUGGUGAAGUUAUAAUGGCAGAUGACAAAGAAGCUAUAGGAGGAGAGGAUGAAGAUGGGGGAUGGGAAAUGGAGGAAUUGGAACUUCCUCAAGAUGCUGCUACUUCAAAUGUUGGAAUCACUCACAAUACUUUGUUUGUAACCCCAACACAAGGUAUGCCAGUUAGCCAAAUUUGGAUACAAAAAUCUUCUCUUGCUGGAGAGCAUGCAGCUGCAGGCAAUUUUGAUACAGCUUUGCGGUUGCUUAAUCGUCAACUUGGGAUUAAUAAUUUCUCUCCAUUGAAGUCUAUAAUUUUGGAUCUAUAUAUGGGUAGUCAUGUGUUCCUUCCUGCCCUUGCUUCUGCACCUGUAGUGCCAUUAGCAGUAGAGAAAGGUUGGAGUGACACUGGGAGUCCAAAUGUAAGGGGUCCCCCAGCCUUGGUAUACAGUCUUUCUGUAGUUGAGGAGAAACUGAGAGUAGCUUACAGGGCAACGACAGAAGGUAAGUUCAGUGAAGCAUUGAGGCUAUUUGUGAACAUUCUGCACACAAUCCCAGUUAUUGUAGUGGACACAAGAAAGGAAGUUGAUGAUGUGAAAGAAUUGAUUGGAAUUGCCAAAGAAUAUGUUCUUGGUCUUCGAAUGGAGGUCAAGAGAAAAGAAAUCAAAGAUGAUCCUCUCCGGCAACAGGAACUUGCAGCUUAUUUCACUCAUUGCAAACUCCAGAAAGUUCAUUUAAGACUGGCUUUACUAAAUGCAAUGGGCAUAUGUUACAAGGGUGGGAACUAUAGUACAGCGGCAAACAUGGCACGCCGGCUUUUAGAAACUGACCCUCCAACAAAUCAUGCAACAAAAGCUCGUCAAGUCCUUCAGGCCUGUGAGAGGAAUUUGCAAGAUGCAAAGCAACUAAACUAUGAUUUCAGAAAUCCUUUUGUUGUUUGUGGUACAAGUUUUACUCCAAUAUACCAUGGCCAGAAAAGUGUUUCAUGUCCAUAUUGCACAUCACGUUUUGUUCCUAGUAUGUCUGGAAAGCUUUGUACCAUAUGCGAUCUGUCAAUUGUGGGUUCAGAUGCAUCUGGACUACUUUGUUCUGCUACCCAAGCAAGGUGAACUUAACUUUCCACAACCAUGGGUUUGCAUUUGCUUUUCAAUUCUGGUGGAAACAUAUUACAUACAGCUGGUUCCUGGUGAUAUCUACAAGAAGUGCUUCCAUUUGCAUCAAACUUGAUAGUCAUGUAACAUCAUUUAAUAUAUGAUGUUGGGGACAUGCAGAUGACAGCUGGGAAUACAUUUUGACGUUAUAGGAAAGGCAAAAAGCAUACAUGCUAUUUUGUUAGAUGUUUCAGUACUCAGUUAUGAAAGUCUUUUUUUGUUUUUCUUCUAUUGCAAGGUGAAAGCAGACUCUGUAUGAUGGGACCUGAGAGUUCAUAUAUACUUCCAGGUUGGAGAUUCCAUCUAUUUCAUUCACUAUGAUGAAUGUGGGCGAACAACUUCAAUUUUUUUGGUUUAACAUUGUAGUUUAUGGGCAAGGCAACAGUCUGCAAGGCAUUGAAUUGUUAGAUUUGCUUUAAGAUGUAGGCGAACUUAAUUACCAGCUAAUAAGAGCUGCCCAUUGUAGCUCUUCUAUAUUUUUUUAGUGUAUUGUUUAAGCAAGCUAUAUGUGUUUUGGAAGUUGUAUUUCAAAAAUGACAGGAUUGCGAUUGUUUGCUUGUCAUUUUCAUCUGCUAAAUUUUCUAUCCCAAGCUUGGAGUUAUAAAUAUGGCCUUAUCCAUGUUAGAUGCACUUGAUUGCAAGCGGGAAACUACUGCAGAGUUUUUGAUUUAAUAAGGAAAUAAUUGCCACCUUUAUACAA